AUGCCGGAGCCCUCCCGCUCGGCGCCCGCGCCCAAGAAGGGCUCCAAGAAGGCCGUCACCAAGGCGCAGAAGAAGGACGGCAAGAAGCGCAAGCGCAGCCCCUGGUGGAAGCACAGCCCUGCAAUCCCCCCCACGGCCCCCCAGCAGCGCUCGAGCUUUACCUCCAUCACAGACACUCGCGGCGGCUACCUCACACGGUUACCCCUGGACACCCACUCUUCUGGAAUGACCCAGAGGAAGCGAGGCGUGGAAGAGGCGCCGACUCGGCAGAGGGACAUCAAGGCCCAGGAGGGCGUCCAUGGAGGCGGGGCUCGGGUGGCCGCCCGCCCGGGGCCUCCCAGCCCCAGAACUUGGCCAGGCAGUGGGGGGCAGGGGACAGAGGUGCUGACUGCACAGUCCCUCCCGCCGCCCCCACCCCCCACCAUGGAUCACUCAUUCAGCGGGGCACCCCGAUUUCUGACCCGGCCCAAGGCUUUCGUGGUGUCGGUGGGCAAGGACGCCACGCUGAGCUGCCAGAUCGUGGGCAACCCUACGCCGCAGGUGACCUGGGAGAAGGACCGGCAGCCCGUGGAGGCGGGCGCUCGCUUCCGCCUGGCCCAGGACGGCGACCUGUACCGUCUCGCCAUCCUGGACCUGGCACUGGGCGACAGUGGGCAGUAUGUGUGCCGCGCGCGCAAUGCCAUCGGUGAGGCCUUCGCGGCUGUCGGCCUGCAGGUGGACGCUGAGGCCGCUUGCGCCGAGCAGGCGCCGCAUUUCCUUCUAAGGCCCACGUCCAUCCGCGUGCGCGAGGGCGCGGAGGCCACCUUCCGCUGCCGCGUGCGCGGCUCGCCGCCCCUGGCCGUGAGCUGGGCCAAGGACGGGCGGCGCUUGGGCGCGCCCGACGCCCCCCGAGUGCGCGUGGAGGCCAGCGGCGAGGCGAGCGCGCUGCGCAUCCAGGCCGCGCGGGCCCGCGACGGCGGCACCUACACGGUGCGCGCCGAGAACCCGCUGGGAGCCGCCAGCGCCGACGCCGCGCUCACCGUGGACGCGGAUGCAGACGCUGCCGGCCCUCCCGGGGCCUCCACAGCCGCGCUUCUGGAGCACCUAAAGCGGCGGCGCGAGGCGAUGCGCGCUGAGGGCGCCCCGGCCUCGCCACCCGGUUCUGGCACGCGCACCUGCACCGUGACUGAAGGCAAGCACGCGCGCCUCAGCUGCUACGUGACGGGUGAGCCUAAGCCCGAGACGGUAUGGAAGAAGGACGGGCAGCUGGUGGUCGAGGGCCGGCGACACGUGGUGUACGAGGACGCUCAGGAGAACUUCGUGCUCAAGAUCCUCUUCUGCAAGCAGUCAGACCGGGGCCUCUACACCUGCACGGCAUCCAACCUGGUGGGCCAAACCUACAGCUCCGUGCAGGUCGUCGUGCGAGAGCCCGCGGUGCCCUUCAGGAAGCGGCUGCAGGACCUGGAGGUGCAGGAGAGGGAGUCGGCCACGUUCCAGUGCGAGGUGGAGCUGCCGACCACCGAGGCCGCGUGGUACAAGGAGGAGACGCGGCUGUGGGCCAGCGCCAAGUACGGCAUCGAGGAGGCGGGCACCGAGCGCCGGCUGACCGUGCGCAACGUCUCGGCCGACGACGACGCUGUCUACAUCUGCGAGACUGCGGAGGGCAGCCGCACGGUGGCGGAGCUCGCGGUGCAAGGCAACCUCAUCCGGAAGCUCCCGAGGAAGACCGUGGUGCGCGUGGGGGACACGGCCAUGUUCUGUGUGGAGCUGGCCAGGCCGGAGGACUCCGUCCACUGGCUGAGGAACCAGGAGGAGGUGGUGGCUGGGGGCCGCGUGGCCAUCACCACGGAAGGCACGUGCCACGCGCUGACCAUCUCCAAGUGCAGCCUGGAGGACAUGGGCGAGGUGACCUUCACGGCUGGGGACUGCCGGACAUCCACGCAGUUCUUUGUGUCUGCCCCUAGGAAGCCGCCCCUGCACGCCCCUGAGGCCCCUGAGGUAAAGGCCAGGACAGAGUGCUCCGUGACCCUCGGCUGGUCCCCCCCACCCCACGGGGACCGCCCUGUCCCCAUCGAUGGUUAUCUGGUGGAAAAGAAGCGGCUUGGCGCCUACACCUGGAGCCCGUGCCAUGAGGCCAAGUGGGUGGAUGUGCGUGAGCUGACCGUGGCCGGCGUGUCCGAGGAGGGGGACUUCCAGUUCCGGGUGUCAGCUGUGAACAGCUUUGGCCACAGUCCCUGCCUGGAGUUCCCAGGGACUGUCCACCUGGCCCCCCAGCUGGCCCUGAGGACGCCUCUGAAGGCAGUGGAGGCCGUGGAGGGUGGCGAGGUGACCUUCAACGUGGACCUCACUCUGGCCUCGGCGGGCGAGUGGUUCCUGGAUGGGCGGGCCCUGAAGGCCAGCGGCGUGUACGUGAUCCGUCACGAGGGCACACGGCACGCCCUCACCAUCCGCUCCGUGUCUGCCAGCCUGCACGGCGCGGAGCUCAAGUUCGUGGCCAACGGCAUCGAGAGCAGCAUCCGCAUGGAGGUUCGCGCGGCCCCAGGACUGACCACCAAGCGUCCAGUGGCAGCUGUGAGGAAAGUGCUGGCCCGGCUGCAUGAGGAGGCGCAGCUCCUGGCCGAGCUGUCAGACCAGGCUGCGGCCGUGACGUGGCUGAAGGACGGCCACGUGCUGCCACCAGGCCCCAAGUACGAGGUGCAGGCGACGGCCGGGCAGUGGGCCCUGCUGGUGCGGGACGUGGUGUGGGACGACGCUGGCCUCUACGAGUGUGUCAGCCGUGGGGGCCGCGUCGCCUACCAGCUCCUGGUGCAAGGGCUCACUCCCUUUCUGCACAAGGACACAGCCGGUGGCUGUGUGGAUGCUGUGGCUGGAGGCCCAGCCGAGUUCGAAUGUGAGACCUCUGAGGCCCACGUGCACGUGUGCUGGUAUAAGGACGGCACGGAGCUCAGUCGCUGCAGCCAGCGCUUCUCGCAGGAGGACGUGGGCACGCGGCGCCGGCUGGUGGCAGCCUCGGUCACCCGGCAGGAUGAGGGUACCUACUCAUGCCGCGUGGGUGAGGACUCCGUGGACUUCCAGCUGCGUGUCUCCGAGCCCUCGGCCGUGUUUGCCAAGGAGCAGCCAGCACGCAGGGAGGUGCAGGCCGAGGCGGGGGCCAGCGCCACCCUGAGCUGUGAGGUGGCCCAGGCCCAGACGGAGGUGACGUGGUGCAAGGGUGGGAAGAAGCUGAGUGCGAGCCCCAAUGUGCACGUGGAGGCCGAGGGCUGCAGCAGGCGGCUGGUGGUGCGGCAGGUGGGCCAGGCGGACGUUGGGGAGUACAGCUGUGAGGCCGGGGGCCGGAAGGUGUCCUUCCGCCUGGACGUGGCAGAGCCCUCGGCCGUGUUUGCCAAGGAGCAGCCAGCACGCAGGGAGGUGCAGGCCGAGGCGGGGGCCAGCGCCACCCUGAGCUGUGAGGUGGCCCAGGCCCAGACGGAGGUGACGUGGUGCAAGGGUGGGAAGAAGCUGAGUGCGAGCCCCAACGUGCACGUGGAGGCCGAGGGCUGCAGCAGGCGGCUGGUGGUGCGGCAGGUGGGCCAGGCGGACGCUGGGGAGUACAGCUGUGAGGCCGGGGGCCGGAAGGUGUCCUUCCGCCUGGACGUGGCAGAGCCGGAGCCUGAACCCCCCGCCCUGGAGAGACCUGGCCGCAGGGAGCCUCUGGUGGUCAGGGAGCAUGAGGACAUUGUCCUGACUGCCACGCGGGUUACACCCUCUGUGGCCGCGGUGACGUGGCUCAAGGACGGUGUUGAGAUUCGCCGAAGCAAGCGGCACCAAACGGCCAGUCUGGGGGACACCCACACCCUGACCAUCCACAGCGCGCAAACCCUGGACAGCGCGGUCUACAGCUGCCGUGUGGACGCAGAGGUGCAGGAUUUCCCCGUGCAGGUGGAAGAGGUGGCCGCCAAGUUCUGCCGGCCCCUGGAGCCCGUGAGCGGGGAGCUGGGCGGCGCAGUGACGCUGGUUUGCGAGCUGAGCCCGCCCCAGGCCGAGGUCGUGUGGCGCUGCGGGAGCACGCAGCUCCGGGCUGGCAAACGCUUCCAGAUUGAAGCCGCGGGGCCCCGGCGCUCGCUCACGGUGUCAGGCCUGCGGCUGGAGGAUGCGGGGGAGUACGCGUGUGAGACACGUGACGACUGCACCAGCGCUCAGCUGACCGUCAGCACCCCCCGCACGGUCAAGUUCACGGCUGCGUUGAGCGCCGUGGUGGCGGAGGAAGGCCGCGAGGCCACCUUCCAGUGCGUGGUGUCCCCCAGCGAUGCAGCAGUCACGUGGUUCCGGGACGGCGCCUUGCUGCAGCCCAGUGAGAAGUUUCUCAUAGCGCAGAGUGGCGCCGGCCACAGCCUGACUAUCUCUGGCCUGACCCUGGAGGAUGCUGGCGAGAUCACUGCAGAGGCUGAGGGUGUCAAGUCCUCGGCUGCUCUUCGGGUGCGAGAGGCUCCGGUGCUGUUCAGAAAGAAGCUGGAACCCCAGACGGUGGAAGAGCGGAGCUCAGUGACCAUGGAAGUGGAGCUGACGCGGCCGUGGCCUGAGGUCAAGUGGACACGGAAUGCAGUAGCCCUGGCGCCAGGCAAGAACGUGGAGGUUCACGCGGAGGGCACCAGUCACCGCUUGGUUCUGUGCUGCGUGGGAUUCUCGGACCGUGGCUUCUAUGGGUGCGAGACUCCGGAUGACAAGACACAGGCCAAGCUCACCGUGGAAAUGCGCCAGGUCCGGCUGGUCCGGGGCCUACAGGCCACGGAGGCUUGGGAGCAGGGUGCCGUCAGCAUGGAGGUGAAGCUGUCACAUGACCACGUGGAGGGCAGCUGGACGCGUGAUGGCCUGCGGCUGCAGCCAGGGCCCACCUGCCAGCUAGCAGUGCAUGGCCCCAUUCACACCCUCACGCUGCUGGAGCUGCGGCCGCAGGACAGCGGCCUCAUCGCCUUCAAAGCCGAGGGGGCGCACACGUCUGCGCAGCUCAUGGUCACCGAGCUGCCUGUGAGGUUCAGCCGCCCCCUGCAGGACAUGGUGGCCACCGAGAAGGACAAGGUGACCCUGGAAUGUGAGCUGUCACGCCCCAACGUGGAUGUGCGCUGGCUGAAGGACGGUGUGGAGCUGCGCGUGGGCAAGACAGUGGGCAUGGUGGCCCAGGGUGCGUGUCGGAGUCUCAUCAUUUACCGGUGUGAGCUCGGGGACCAGGGCGUGUACGUGUGUGAUGCCCACGACGCUCAGAGCUCAGCCUCCCUGAAGGUGCAAGGUCGCAAGGUUCAGAUCGUGAGGCCCCUGGAAGAUGUGGAGGUGAUGGAGAAGGAGGGUGCCACGUUCUCCUGUGAGGUCUCUCUGGACGAGGUGCCGGCCCAGUGGUUUUGGGAGGGCAGUAAGCUUCGGCCCAGUGACAAUGUGCGCAUCCGCCAGGAAGGAAGGAAAUACACUCUCAUCUACCGGAGGGUCCUGGCAGAAGAUGCAGGGCAGAUCAGAUUUGUUGCCGAAAGUGCAGAAUCGCGAGCGGAGCUCCGAGUGAAAGAGCUGCCGGUGGCCAUCCUGCGCCCGCUGCGGGACAAGAUAGCCAUGGAGAAGCACCGGGGCGUGCUGGAGUGCCAGAUGUCUCGCGCCAGCGCGCAGGUGCGGUGGUUCAAGGGCCCCGUGGAGCUGCGGCCCGGGCCCAAGUAUGAGAUGGUCAGUGACGGCCUCUACCGGAAGCUAAUCAUCAAGGAUGUGCAGCCCGAGGACGAGGACACCUACACCUGCGAUGCUGGGGACGUGAAGACCAGCGCCCAGUUCUUCGUGGAAGAGCAAUCCAUCACCAUCGUGCGCGGCCUGCAGGACGUCACGGUGAUGGAGCCCGCCCCCGCCUGGUUCGAGUGUGAGACGUCCAUUCCGUCGGUGCGGCCGCCCAAGUGGCUCCUGGGAAAGACGGUGCUGCGGCCCGGUGCCGACGUGGCCAUGGAGCAGGAAGGCACGGUGCACCGCCUGACGCUGCGGCGCACCUGCUCCACCAUGACGGGGCCCGUGCGCUUCACCAUCGGCAAGUCGCGCUCCAGCGCGCGCCUGGUAGUUUCAGACAUGCCCGUGGUGCUCACGCGGCCGCUGGAGCCCAAGGCGGGGCGCGAGCAGCAGUCGGUGGUCCUGUCCUGCGACUUCAGGCCAUCCCCCAAGGCCGUGCAGUGGUACCGGGAGGACACGCCGUUGGCGCCCUCUGAGAAGUUCAAGAUGAGGCUGGAGGGCCACAUGGCGGAGCUGCGCAUCCUCCGCCUCACGCCCGCCGACGCGGGCCUCUACCGCUGCCAGGCCGGCAGCGCCCAGAGCAGCGCUGCGCUCACCGUGGAAGCGCGCGAGGUCACAGUGACGCAGCCGAUGCGGGACGCAGAAGUCACGGAGGAGGGCCGGGCCUGUUUCUCGUGCGAGCUGUCCCAGGAGGACGAGGAGGUGGAGUGGUCGCUCAACGGCACGCCUCUGUACAGCGACAGCUUCCAUGAGAUCGCCCACGAGGGCCGGCGCCACACGCUGGUGCUGAAGCGGGUUCGGCGGGCGGACGCGGGCACCGUGCGCGCCCGCUCCCCCAAGGUGUCGGCCACUGCCCGCCUGGAGGUCAAAGCCAAGCCGGUGGUGUUCCUGAAGGCUCUGGACGAUGUGUCCGCGGAGGAGCGGGGCACGCUGGCCCUGCAGUGUGAGGUCUCGGACCCCCAGGCCCGCGUGGUGUGGCGAAAGGACAGCGUGGAGCUGGGCCCCAGCGACAAGUACGACUUGCUGCACACGGCGGGCACGCGCGGGCUCGUGGUGCAUGACCUGAGCCGGGACGACACCGGCCUCUACACUUGCAGCGUGGGCUCCGAGGAGACCCGCGCCAGAGUCAGUGUGCACGCCCCACAGGUGGUAUUCAGGGAGCCGCUCCAGAGCCUGCAGGCUGAGGAGGGCACCUCAGUCACGCUGCGGUGUGAGCUGUCCCAGCCCAAUGCCGCCGUGGUCUGGAGCAAGGGAGGCCUGGAGUUGCAGGCUGAUGGGCGCAGGGAGCCUCGGCAGCGGGGCCCCACGGUGGAGCUUGUCCUGCGGGACCUGCGCCGGGAGGACUCGGGAGAAUACACAUGUGCCUGUGGACCCCAGGCCACCAGUGUCACCCUCACUGUUACAGCUGCACCUGCGCGGUUCCUCAGGGAGCUGCAGGCCCAGGAGGUGGACGAGGGAGCCACGGCGCGCCUGCACUGCGAGCUGAGCCGGGAGGGCGCCAGCGUGGAGUGGCGCAAGGGUUCCCUGCAGCUCUUCCCCUGCGCCAAGUACCAGAUGGUGCAGGAGGGAAGGACCGCCGAGCUGCUGGUGCGUGGCGCAGAGCAGGAGGACGCUGGCCACUACACCUGUGACGCUGGCCACACGCAGAGCACUGCCAGACUCUCUGUCCGAGCCCCCAGGCCCACAUUCCAGGAGGAGCUGCGGAGCACGGAGCAGGAGGCGGGCGGUGUGGCCCAGCUUCGCUGCCAGCUGAGCGAGGCAGAGACCGGUGUCCCAGUGCAGUGGCUCAAGGAGGGUGUGGAGCUGCACGGGAGCCCCAAAUACGAGAUAAGGCGCCUGGGGACCACAUGCGAGCUGCUGAUCCACGGGCUGGAGGCCAAGGACACGGGCGAGUACGUCUGCGUGGCCGGUGGUCAGAAAACCGUGGCCUCUGUCAUGGUCAAAGAGCCGGAGGUGACCAUUGUGCGGGGGCUGGUGGAUGCUGAGGCUCAGGUCGACGGGGACGUGGAGUUCACCUGUGAGGUGUCACGGGAUGGGGUUGCGGAGGUUGAGUGGCGCCUCCAGGGCCUGCCCUUGCAGAGCAACGAGGUGACGGAGGUGUCCGUGCGGGGUGGCUGCACCCACACGCUCCGGCUGAAGGGCGUGACACCCGAGGAUGCAGGCAUCGUCUCCUUCCACGUGGGCGUCCACACGUCCUCUGCGCAGCUCACUGUCCAAGUCCCUGAGGUGACCAUUAUGGAGCCCCUGCAGGACCUGCAGCUCAGCGAGGGCCAGGACGCCCACUUCCGGUGCCAGCUGUCCAGGGCCUCUGGCCAGGGGGCCCGCUGGGCCCUGGGAGGGGUGCCCCUGCAGGCCAAUGAGAUGAACGACAUCACUGUGGAGCACGGCACGCUCCACCUCCUCACCCUGCACAAGGUGACCCUGGAGGAUGCUGGAACCAUCAGUUUCCAAGUGGGCUCGUGUAGCUCGGAGGCCCAGUUAAAGGUCACAGCCAAGAACAGCGUGGUGCGCGGCCUGGAGAACGUGGACGCCCUGGAAGGCGGCGAGGCGCUGUUCGAGUGCCGGCUGUCGCGCCCCGAGGUGGCCGCCCACGCCUGGCUGCGGGACGACGAGCCCGUGCAGACCUCCGAGAACGCGGAGGUGGUCUACUUGGAGAACGGCCUGCGGCACCUGCUGCUACUUAAGAACCUGCGGGUGCAGGACACCUGCCGGGUGACCUUCCUGGCUGGGGGCGUGGUGACGUCCGCGUUCCUCACAGUCAGAGGCUGGCGCCUGGACGUGCUGGAGCCGCCGCGGGACGCCGCGGUGCGAGCCGGUGGGCGGGCCAGCUUUGGCUGCACGCUCAGCGAGGCGGUGUCGGUGGGCGAGGCGACCUGGUACGUCAACGGGGCCGCCGUGCAGCCGGACGACCCCGACUGGAUGGUCACCGCGGACGGCAGCCACCACACCUUGCUGCUGCGCGCUGCCCAGCCGCACCACGCUGGCGAGGUCACCUUCGCCGCCCGCGACGCCGUGGCCUCCGCGCGGCUCACCGUGUUGGGCGUCCCGGACCCCCCAGAGGACGCUGAGGUGGUGGCGCGAAGCGGCCGCUCGGUGACGCUGUCAUGGGUGGCCCCUGCAAGCGACGGCGGCGGCGGUCUCUGCGGCUAUCGGGUGGAGCUGAAGGCGGCCUCCACGGGCGAGUGGCGGCUGUGCCACGAACUGGUGCCCGGGCCCGAGUGCGUGGUGGACGGCCUGGCCCCUGGGGAGACGUACCGCUUCCGCGUGGCGGCUGUGGGCCCGGCGGGGGCUGGGGAGCCGGUGUACCUGCCGCAGACAGUGAGGCUCGGUGAGCCCCCCACUCCCGCGCCCCCGGCUCCCGCGACCCCAGCUCCCGAGAGCCGGCAGGUGGCUGCCGGCGAGGACGUGUGUCUGGAGUGCGAGGUGGCCGAGGCGGGUGAGGUCGUCUGGCUGAAGGGGACGGAGCUCAUCCAACCGAGCGGGCGCUUCCAGGUUCUCUGCCGGGCUCAGCGGCAGACGCUGGUCAUCCGGGGCUUCUCCGCGGAGGACCAGGGCGAGUACCGCUGCCGCCUCGCCCAGGACCCCAACUCCUCUGCAGCUGCCUCCUUCCAGGUGGUGCUGACCCCAGGAUCUGGGGAUGAGGCCCCUGCGCAGCCCAGCCUCCCCCCUGAGGCAGCCCAGGAGGGUGACCUGCACCUGCUGUGGGAGGCCCUGGCCCGGAAGCGCCGCAUGAGCCGUGAGCCCACGCUGGACUCCAUCAGUGAGCUGCCCGAGGAGGAUGGUCGGUCGCGGUGCCUGCGGCAUGAGCCAGAGGAAGCAGCCCGUGACCUCUCUGAGGACUACUCCACAGCUGAUGAGCUGGCACGUUCCGGCGAAGCCGACCUCUCACACACCAGCUCUGAUGAUGAGUCCCGGACAGGCACUCCUUCCCUGGUUACCUACCUCAAGAAGGCUGGGCGGCCCAGCACCUCACCACUGGUCAGCAAGGUUGGGGUCCCCACGGUCCCACCUGGGAAGCCACAGGAGCAUCAGGAGCAGCCAGCUGCCGUUUGCCCACCACCAGGAGACCUGAGUGACCCGUCCAUGGACAAGGCAGCUGUGAAGAUCCAGGCUGCCUUCAAGGGUUACAAGGUCCGCAAGGAGAUGAAGCAGCAGGAGGGACCUGUGUUCUCCCACACAUUUGGGGAUACUGAGGCACAGGUGGGGGAUGUCCUGCGUCUGGAGUGUGUGGUGUCCAGCAAGGUGGAUGUGCGUGCUCGCUGGCUGAAGGAUGGCAUGGAGCUGACGGACGGCCGGCACCACCACAUCGACCAGCUCGCGGACGGCACCUGCUCCCUGCUGGUCACGGGCCUGGGCCGGGCUGACGCUGGCCGCUACACCUGUCAGGUGAGCAGCAAGUUUGGCCAUGUGGCCCACAGCGCUUGUGUGGUGGUCAGCGGGACUGAGAGCGAGGCAGAGAGCUCCUCAGGGGGUGAGCUGGACGAAGCCUUUCGCCGGGCGGCCCGGCAGCUGCACCGUCUCUUCCGCACCAAGAGCCCGGCUGAGGUUUCAGACGAAGAGAUCUUCCUCAGUGCAGAUGAGGGCUCAGCACAGCCUGAGGAGCCUGGGGACUGGCAGACGUACCACGAAGAUGAGCACUUCGUCUGCAUCCGCUUCGAGUCGCUUGCCGAGUCCCACCGUGCGGCCACCUGCUUCCGGGAGAUGUUUGGCACCAUGGGCAUCAGGGUGGACAUCAGCCUGUCGGAGCAGGGGCCCCGGGGGGUGGAGAUGCGCAUCAGCAAGGUGGGUCCCGCCCCUGCCGCGCCUCAGGAGAUGGUGCCCCGCCCGCUGACUGCAGAGGCCGCCCCAGUGUUCCUGACUGGGCUGCAGGAUCAGGAGGUGCAGGACGGCUACCCCAUGAGCUUUGACUGCGUGGUGACAGGCCAGCCCAUGCCCACCGUGUGCUGGUUCAAGGAUGGAAGGAUGCUGGAGGAGGAUGACCACUAUAUGAUCAGUGAGGACCAGCAGGGCGGCCACCAGCUCAUCAUCACAGCCGUGGUGCCCGCAGACAUGGGCGUCUACCGCUGCAUGGCUGAGAACAGCGUGGGCGUGUCCUCCACGAAGGCGGAGCUCCGCGUGGACCCAUCAUGCCCCCAGAUCUUCGAUAUCUACGUGGUCACAGCUGACUACCUGCCCCUGGGGGCCGAGCAGGAGGCCAUCUCACUGCGGGAGGGCCAGUAUGUGGAGGUGUUGGACUCGGCCCACCCAUUGCGCUGGCUUGUGCGCACCAAGCCCACCAAGUCCAGCCCCUCGAGGCAAGGCUGGGUGUCCCCUGCCUACCUGGACAAGCGGCUCAAGCUGUCACCCGAGUGGGGGCCCACGGAGACCCCCGAAUUCCCGGGGGAGGCCGUGUCUGAGGAUGAAUACAAGACAAGGCUGAGCUCCAUCAUCCAGGAGCUGCUGAGCUCCGAGCAGGACUUUGUGGGCAAGCUGCAGUUCCUGCAGGACCACCACAUUCAGCACCUGGAGCGAUGCCCCCACGUGCCCACGGCCGUGGCCAGCCAGAAGGCAGUCAUCUUCCGCAACGUGCAGGACAUCAGCCACUUCCACAGCAGCUUCCAGCGGGAGCUGCAGACCUGUGACACAGACGACGAUGUGGCCAUGUGCUUCAUCAAGAACCAGGAGGCCUUUGAGAAGUACCUGGAGUUCCUGGUGGGCCGCGUGCAGGCCGAGUCCGCGGUGGUCAGCACGGCUGUGCAGGACUUCUACAAGAAAUACACGGAGGAGGUGCUGUCCGCAGCGGACCCGUCGCAGCCGCCCCCACCGCCCCUGCAGCACUUCCUGGAGCGGCCAGUGCAGCGCGUCCAGCAGUACCAGGCCCUGCUCAAGGAGCUGAUCUGCAACAAGGCGAGGAACGGGCAGAACUGUGCGCUGCUGGAGCAGGCCUACGCGCUCGUGUCCGCCCUGCCGCAGCGCGCCGAGAACCAGCUGCACGUGUCGCUCAUGGAGAACUACCCGGGCACCCUGGAGGCCCUGGGCGAGCCCAUCCGCCAGGGCCACUUCAUCGUGUGGGAGGGGGCGCCGGGCGCGCGGAUGCCCUGGAAGGGCCAUCACCGCCACGUCUUCCUGUUCCGCCACCACCUGGUUGUUUGCAAGACCAAAAGGGAUUCCCGCACCGACACCUUCAGUUACGUCUUCCGGAACAUGAUGAAGCUGAGCAGCAUCGACCUGAACGACCAGGUGGAGGGUGACGAUCGUGCCUUCGAGAUCUGGCACGAGCGGGAGGACUCGGUGCGCAAGUACCUGCUGCAAGCGCGCACGGUCAUCACCAAGAACUCGUGGGUGAAGGAGAUCUGCGGCAUCCAGCAGAGCCUGGCCCUGCCAGUGUGGCAUCCCCCAGAUUUCGAAGAGGAGCUGGCGGACUGCACAGCAGAGCUGGGCGAGACCGUGAAGCUGGCCUGCCGUGUGACGGGCACCCCCAAGCCCAUUGUCAGCUGGUACAAAGAUGGGAAGCCAGUGGAGGUGGAUCCGCACCACAUCCUCAUUGAAGACCCCGAUGGCUCAUGUGCCCUCAUCCUGGACAACCUGACUGCUGUGGACUCGGGCCAGUACAUGUGCUUUGCGGCUAGUGCCGCCGGCAAUGCAAGCACGCUGGGCAAGAUCCUGGUGCAAGUACCCCCACGAUUUGUGAAAAAGGUCCGGGCGGUUCCUUUUGUGGAGGGAGAGGAUGCGCAGGUCACCUGCACCAUCGAAGGUGCCCCACACCCUCAGAUCAGGUGGUACAAGGACGGGGCCCUGAUAACGCCCAGCAGCAAGUACCGAACCCUGAGUGAGCCCCGCAGCGGCCUGCUGGUGCUGGAGAUCCUGACAGCCAGCAAGGACGACCUGGGCCGUUAUGAGUGCGAGUUGGUGAACCGGCUGGGCUCUGCGAGGGGCGGGGCAGAGCUGUGCAUGCAGAGCCCUGCUGUGCGGGCCCGGGAACAGCUUCACAGGGAGCAGCUUGCAGCCAUGGAAGUCACUGAGCAGGAGACUAAAGUCCCCAAGAAAACCGUCAUCAUAGAGGAGACCAUCACCACCGUGGUGAAGAGCCCUCGUGGCCGGCGCCGGUCCCCGAACAAGUCCCCCUCCCGCUCGCCUUCCCGCCGCACUGCCAGCCCGCCCAGGCCAGGCCAGUUGGCCCCUGAGGUGCUGUACUCACUGGGGGCCAGCCAGCCCCACAGACCUGAGGUGGAGCCAGGCUGGAGACCUACUGUACCCACGCUGUAUGUGACGGAGCCUGAGUCCCACAUGCCGGGCCUGCCCCAGGGCACAAGGCCCCAGCCCAAGUGGGUAGAGGUUGAGGAGACCAUUGAAGUCAGGGUGAAGAAGACGGGCUCCAGGGGUGCAUCCCCUGCCAGAGAGGCACCUGACAGCUCUGCAGGGCUUCUCUUCACGCUGCCUGGUGGGACCCCCAUAGGAGACCCCAAUGCAAACAACUCCAACAACAACCUACUGGCCCAGGAGCCCCAGGCCCAGGGCAGGGCACUGGUCAGCACUGGAGAGCCUCUCAUCUUCUGCAUGGACACGGGGCCAGAGGAGACCUGUGAGCCGUUCCCUCCCCAGGGGGCUGAAGAGGAAACCCCCAUGGAGGAGGUGGAGGAGGUGGAGGGAGGAGAUGCCCUCCUGACGGAGGAGCCCCUGGGCACCAACAGCCUCUGGGGCCGUGACCCCAAGAUCCUCACACAUGAUGGCCGAGUGCUGACGCUGGCUGAUCUGGAGGAUUACGUGCCCCGGGAGGGGGAGACCUUCGGCUGCCAUGGCCCUGUGCCCAGCACUUCUGACGACCCACCCUGCGAGGUCUCUGUGCUCCAGAGAGAGAUCAAUGAGCCCAUGGUGGGGCAGCCUGUCCUGCUCAAUGUGGGGCGUCCCCUGGGCCCUCGAAACCCACCUAGCUUUUUCAGUUGCCGGGAGGCGUCUCCCUUGGGCCCUCAGGUCCUCGGCCCCGCAGGAGUCUCCUUCUGUAUGCAGGAAGCCUGGGCUGGGGGUGCUGCAUCCUGGAAGCCGUCCUUCUGCAUCCAGGUCCAGAGGUCUGCAGACAGUGGCCAGAGCAGCUUCAAAACGGAGGUUAACACCCAGACGGUCAGCUUUGGGACAGUGGGCGAGACCGUCACCCUGCACAUCUGUCCGGAUGGGGACAAGGCCCCUGUUGCCCUGGAGCCAGCAGACCAGGAGGUCACGGUGUGCACCAAGGCUCCAGGACCCUCCACGGGGGACCACGCUGGCCCCAGCACUGGCCCUGGGGGGCCACCCAAACUCCAGGACGCUGGCCCCCAACUCCCAGGCAUGGAAGAUGCAGAUGCAUCUGGUGAGGCCCAGCGGCCUCAGGCUGACCACCCAGUGCCACCUGCUCUCAGAGUCCCCCCUGUGCUGGCCCCAACCUUGGCCACCCCAGUUGAGCCCCAGAAAGUGCCACAGCCUCUCCCUCAGGAGGGCCAGGAGCAGGACUCAGGGGCCCAUGCCGAGGGCCAGGGACGCAUCGUGCCCAUCCGGAUGGAGGGCACAGCCUGGCCGGGGGCAGGCACAGUGGAGCUGUGGGACGUCCACAGCCAAGUGUUCACGGAGACCACCCGUAGGACAUACGUGUACCAGGCCAGCAACACAGCUGCCGCAAGGCCCCCGUCCAUGCAGGUCACCAUCGAAGAUGUGCAGGCACAGAAGGGCAGCACAGCCCAGUUCCAGGCGGUCAUUGAGGGCAACCCGCAGCCCAUGGUGACCUGGUACCGGGACGAUGCCCAGCUGGUGGAUGGCGCCCGGCUCAGCCAGCAGCAGGAGGGGACCACCUACUCCCUGGUGCUGAGCGAUGUGACCCAGCACGACGCUGGUGUCUACACAUGCCUGGCCCGCAACGCUGGCGGCCAGGUGAUGUGUAAAGCGGAGCUCGUAGUCCACGGGGGAGACAGCGAGCCGGACUCAGCGAAGCAAAGCUACCGAAGGAAACUGCGCUCUUUCUACGAGGUCAAGGAGGAAAUUGGAAGGGGCGUGUUUGGCUUCGUGAAGAGGGUGCAGCACAAGGGAAACCAGAUGUCCUGCGCAGCCAAGUUCAUCCCCUUGCGGAGCAGGACGCGCACCCAUGCGUACCGCGAGCGGGACAUCCUGGCCACGCUGAGCCACCCGCUGGUCACCCGGCUGCUGGACCAGUUUGAGACCCGGAAGACCCUGAUCCUUGUCCUGGAGCUGUGCUCGUCAGAGGACCUGCUGGACCGUCUGUUCAAGAAGAGUGUGGUGACAGAGGCUGAGGUCAAGGUGUAUGUCCAGCAGCUGGUGGAGGGGCUCCAUUACCUGCAUGGCCGCAGCACUCUCCACCUGGACAUAAAGCCCCCCAACAUCCUGAUGGUGCAUCCUGUUCGGGAAGACAUUAAAAUCUGCGACUUUGGCUUUGCCCAAAAAAUCACCCCAGGAGAGCCACAGUACAGCAAGUAUGGCUCCCCGGAGUUUGUGUCCCCGGAGAUCAUUGAGCAGACCCCUGUGAGCGAGGCCUCUGACAUCUGGGCCAUGGGGGUCGUCUCCUACCUCAGCCUGACCUGCUCGUCACCAUUUGCUGGUGAGAGUGACCGAGCCACGCUCCUGAAUGUACUGGAGGGGCGGGUGUCCUGGAGCAGCCCUGCGGCUGCCCACCUCAGCGAGGAUGCCCAGGACUUCAUCACGGCUGCCCUGCGGAGGGCCCCAGAGGCCCGGCCCAGUGCAGCCAAGUGCCUCGCCCACCCCUGGUUCCAGAAGUCCGUGCCCGCAGAGGAGGCCCACUUCAUCAACACCAAGCAACUCAAGUUCCUGCUGGCUCGCAGCCGUUGGCAGCGCUCCCUGAUGAGCUACAAGUCCAUCCUGGUGAUGCGCUCCAUCCCCGAGCUGCUCCAGGGCCCUCCCGACAGCCCAUCCCUCGGGGCGGCCCGGUACCUGCGGGGCGACGCCAGCAGCUCGUCGUCCUCGUCCUCCGACAAUGAGCGGGCGCCUUUCGCCCGAGCCAGAUCGCUGCCGCCCUCCCCGGUGGCCCACUCCCCGCUGCUGCACCCUCGGGGCUUCCUGCGGCCGUCCGCCAGCCUGCCCGAGGAGGCCGCGCCUCCGCCCACGCCGGCGCCCCGCGCGGAGACGCCCGCCGCCCGGGGCUGCGUUGCGCGGCAGAGCGUCCUCCGCAGUCUCUUGUGCCAGCAGGCGGGCGAGGGCCCGGAGCGCGGAGGCCCCGCCCUCGGCCGGCCGCCCCCCGCCAGCGCGGCGCCUGAGGCCGGUGGCGGAGCGCAGUGCCGUGGCCCGGGCCGCUCGGACCUCCAGGCGGACUCCAGGGAGAGCUGGCCGGGAGGGCUCUCCCGUGCCAGGGACACGGAGCGUCCGGAGGGGUCCCGGCAGGAGCCGGGACUAUUUCCGUGCACCGGUGGCGACCCGGGGUCCACUCGGCAAGAGGGGUCAUCUCAGGACAGCCGCGGGGGGCAGGCCGCGCCUUCCUUUCAUCCCCAGAGGAGUCCUGCUCCCCAGGAAGGCUGUGGCCGUCCUCAGGCUGUUACAACACAACCUUCUGGCUCCUUCCCUGCAAAGCAGUGCACGGGGUCCCUCCUGGCACCCUUGAGCUCCUCCCUCUCUCCGGCCAAAGGAAGCCCCCAGCCGGCCUCUAAGAAGGGACCAAAGGACACCCCUCUCCCUGGGAGGCCGAGUCCCCCCAGCUCCCCAGGGCUGGCCUCCGCAAUGGGCGCGCAGCCUGGCCCCUCCCAGGCUGCGGAGCCGGAAGACGCAUCAGAGUCUGAGCCCAGCCCGCAGCGCCCUCAGGAGCAGACCACCGCCCGCAAGUUCUCACUGGGGGCGCGCUGUGGGGGCUACGCGGGAGUGGCCGGCUACGGCACCUUUGCCUUUGGCGGGGACGCGGGGGGCAUGCUGGGGCAGGGUCCCCUGUGGGCCAGGAUGGCCUGGGCCACCUCUCAGUCCUCCGAGGAGCAUGAUGAUGCUGGGGCACGGAGCCCACCCCCCCAGGCCAGUGCAGAACCCCUUCCCGAGGGCAGCGGGGCACCCCCAAGGGCCUCCCCAGAGCUGAGCUCGUGGGAGGACUUUGGUGGGGGCUCCCAGGUGUCCCUAGUGCAGAUCCGAGACCUGUCUGGGGACGCAGAAGCAGCCGACACCGUGUCCCUGGAUAUCUCAGAGGUGGAGCCUGCCUACCUCAACCUGUCUGACCUGUAUGACAUCAAGUAUCUCCCGUUCGAGUUCAUGAUCUUCAGGAAGGUCCCCAGGUCUGUGCCACCAGAACCACCGUCGUCCCCCGAGUCUGAAACCGAGGGGCCCUGGCCGGGCGCGCCGGGCCUGCCAGCCAGCUUGCAGAUCACCGAGGAGCCGGAGUACAUGGACACUCUGCUCAGGGAGGCCCCCCGCAGCAGGAAGCGCAAGUGGUCGCCCCCCUCCGGCGGCCUCUUCCACUUCCCAGGAAGGCACGCCAUACUGGACGAGCCCACGGAGCUGGGACUGCGCGGGAGGGUGAGGGCCUCCGUGGCCCACAUCUCCCGCCUCCUCAGGGGCAGGCCUGGAGGUCUGGAGAAAGAGAGCCCCCCCAGGAAGAAGGCAGGCCUGGCUUCCUUCCGGUUGGGCCUGAAGAGCAGGGACCGAGCGCCAUCAUUUCUAAGGGAGCUCUCGGAUGAAACGGUGGUCCUGGGCCAGUCCGUGACUCUUGCCUGCCAAGUGUCGGCCCAGCCAGCUGCACAGGCCACCUGGACCAAAGACGGAGCUCCCCUGGAGGGCACCAGCCAUCUCCUCAUCUCCUCCACGCUCAAGAACUUCCAGCUUCUGACCAUCCUGGUGGUGACUGCUGAGGACCUGGGGGUUUACACGUGCAGCGUGAGCAACCCUCUGGGCACAGUGGCCACCACGGCUGUCCUCCGGAAGGCAGAGCGCCCCUGCUCUUCCCCACGCCCCGACCUCGGGGAGGUGUAUGCUGAUGGGGUGCUGCUGGUCUGGAAGCCCGUGGAGUCCUAUGGCCCUGUGACGUACAUCGUGCAAAGCAGCCUGGAAGGUGGCAGCUGGAACACGCUGGCUUCGGACAUCUUUGACUGCUGCUACCUCACCAGCAAGCUUUCCAGGGGUGGGGUGUACACGUUCCGGACGGCCUGCGUGAGCAAGGCGGGCAUGGGUCCCUACAGCAGCCCCUCAGAGGAGGUCCUCCUGGGAGGGCCCAGCCACCUGGCCUCCGAGGAAGAGAGCCGCACCCCGCGGCCAGCCCAGCCCCUCCCCAGCGCGCAGACCUUCGCCUUCCAGGCGCAGAUUCGAAGGGGCCGCUUCAGCGUGGUGCGGCAGUGCCGGGAGAAGGCCAGCGGACGCGCGUUGGCCGCGAAGAUCGUCCCCUAUCGCCCCGAGGACAAGGCUGCCGUGCUGCGCGAAUACGAAGCCCUCAAGAGCCUGCGCCACCCACACCUGGCCCAGCUACAGGCCGCCUACCUCAGCCCCCGGCACCUGGUCCUCAUCUUGGAGCUGUGCUCGGGACCCGAGCUGCUCCCCUGCCUGGCGGAGAGGGCCUCCUACUCGGAGUCGGAGGUGAAGGACUACCUGUGGCAGAUGUUGAGCGCCGCCCAGUACCUGCACGCCCAGCGCAUUCUGCAUCUGGACCUCAGGUCCGAGAACAUGAUCGUCACCGAGUACAACUUACUCAAGGUCGUCGACCUGGGCAACGCCCAGAGCCUCGCCCAGGAGAGGGUCCUGCCCUCCGAGAGGUUCAAGGACUACGUGGAGACCAUGGCUCCCGAGCUCCUGGAGGGCCAGGGUGCCGUCCCGCAGACCGACAUCUGGGCCAUAGGCGUGACAGCCUUCAUCAUGCUGAGCGCGGAGUACCCCGUGAGCAGUGAAGGGACACGCGAGCUGCAGAAAAGCCUGCGCAAGGGGCUAGUCCGUCUGAGUCGCUGCUACGCGGGGCUGUCCGGCGGCGCCGUGGCUUUUCUCCGGAGCACUUUGUGCGCUCACCCAUGGGGCCGGCCGUGCGCGUCCAGCUGCUUGCAGUGCCCGUGGCUAACGGAGGAGGGCCCUGCUGGCUCCCAGCCGGCGGCCGUGACCUUCCCCACAGCGCGACUGCGCGCCUUCGUGCGCGAGCGAGAGAAGAGGCGGGCGCUGCUGUACAAGAAACACAACUUGGCCCAGGUGCGCUGAGCACUUGGCCUGGCAGAGAGGAUGUGUGUGUGUGGGGGGGGGUCGCCCUGCUGGGCUGCACCCCCUACUCUCCCCUUAGGACUUGCUGUGUAUGCACAGACACGCCAAUAAAAAGCAGAAACGGACGAGG